AUGCACCGAGUAACGAUCAAUGGCCGUGCACCGGGCCAGUGGGGGUAUAACGAUCCGCAUGCGAAAUGGAGAUUACACGAUACAGCGACUGUGAACCAAUGGGGAAUGUUGCGGCGACGAAUAGAUCCCCUCUUUACCAGCACCCUUGGCGAUGACGAACUUUCCCUUUCUCUUCCUAAUAAGAUGAAGAUCGAGCUAGAGGAUCCAUCAAUGGCUGGCACAAUGGUACCAAGUCGGGAGGUUCGGGCGAGUUCCGCGCGUGAUUCCCCAAGGAUCGAUACGCCAGGCCCUAAUGCUACAGACGGGCCUGUAUAUGCAACUCUACUUGUUCGAAUAGACUACACCAUUCCCACUAUCCGAGAUGGACUACAUUUUGUUGGAUCGGAUGACGAUCCUCGAUACCCACAUGCAUUCACUACAAACAGCUUUCUACCUGGAUCUGCGGCGUGUCUGUUCCCUUGUAUCGAUGAUCUUUGGGAGCGUCCCCCCGUCUGGGACCUUGAAAUCACGUGUCCGCGGACUUUAGGGGACAUCGGCGUAGAUAUUGAACCUUACGAAGAACCCCUUAUUAAUGGGUCCUCGCGGUCGUUGUUCAAGAGGAAACGUCCGAAAAGGGAAGAUUCAGAUUUUGCAUUCCAAUAUCAUGGCGAAGGAGAGGAUUUGGAGAUGCAGGUUGUGUGUUCUGGUAGCUGUGUGAAUGAGUUUACGGAUGCCAAAGACCCGCAUAAAAAGGUGUUUCAUUUUACGAUCGAGAAGCCAACUGCACCUCACCAAAUUGCGUUCGCUAUUGGCCCCUUUGAGAAAGCUGUUUUGACAGAGAAUCGGGCGGCGGAAGAAGACGAAGCUCUUGGUCGUAAUGCGGUAGAAGUUGUUGGGUAUUGUCUUCCAGGUCGAAAGGAAGAAGUUGAAAACACGUGCUUGUUCAUGCAGAGGGCCAUAGAUUACAUGGUUCGAAAUGCAGGACACUAUCCUUAUCCAUCUUUUUCUCUGGCUUUUGUUGACGACUUCCCUUCGGAUAUUGUCUCUUCAGCUGGCUUAGCCCUUCUAAGUGUAGCCCUUGCUUCUCAAUGGUGUGGUGUUCAGAUCAUACCAAAGGCAUGGGAAGAUCUUUGGCUCAUCAUUGGAUUGGCUCAUUUUCUUGCUGGGCAGUUCCUGAAAAAUCUUACGGGUAGCAACGAACACCGAUUUAGGAUGAAAAAAGAUGCGGAAGAGAUUUGCAGGCAAGAUAUAGGACGGGCACCGCUCUCUAACCCAUUGCAGCAGCUACCUUUGGAUCCAUCGGAGCUUGACUUUGUCGCAUUGAAGGCCCCAGUGGUCUUGUUCAUCUUGGACCGGAGACUCACGAAAGCUAGUAGCUCAAUGGGCGUCUCUCGUGUCAUCUCAAAGCUGUUUCUUAAUGCUUUCACAGGAGACGUCAAUUCGCUUAACCUGAGCACUGCUCAGUUCAUUAAGCAGUGCGAGAAGGUUGGGCACCAAAAGCUGGAUUCCUUUUUUAACCAGUGGGUGUUCCGUAGUGGCUAUCCGCGAUUCGAAAUUUCUCAGCGAUUUAACAAGAAGAAGAUGAUCGUGGAGAUGAUUAUCCGUCAAACCCAGGAUAAAGAAGUUGCCCAAAAAGGUCUUACGCCCCAGAGUUUCCUGAGAGAUGCAUUAAACAGACAAACCGACGGUGUAAAGGAUGCUUCUCCACCUCAAGUUUUCAGCGGCCCAAUGACGAUCCGUAUUCACGAAGCGGAUGGCACGCCUUAUGAACACGUUGUCCAGAUUCACGAGGUCUACUCAAAGCUUGAAAUUCCAUACAAUACAAAAUACAAACGUCUUAAGAGGACAAGGCGCCAGAAGGAACGUCUGGCUGCAUUUGCUGGUAUGGACAUCAACGCAGAAACUCAGGCGGAAGACGUACUACUUUACUGCCUUGGCGAUGUCUUGCAGAGCGAUGAAGAUACUGCGGACUGGAGGUUGACUGACUUCACGAAAGAGGAAGAGGACAAGAUGGCACAGGAAGCGUUCGAAUGGAUUCGGGUGGAUGCUGACUUCGAGUGGGUCUGUACAAUGAGGCUCAAUCAACCGGAUCACAUGUACCUGUCGCAACUGCAACAGGAUAGAGACGUUGCAGCACAAUAUGAAUCCGUGCUACAUUUCAAAGAGGCCAAACCCUCACAUCUCAUCUCGACAAUACUGGUUAGGACCGUCAUGGACCGGCGGUACUACUAUGGAAUCCGGUGCGAGGCUGCAAAAGCACUCAGCAGAUGUGCCACCGCCGAACUUAGUUGGAUUGGCGAGUUUCAUUUGCAGAAAGCCUUUCAAGAAUUCUAUUGUUUCCCCGACUCCUUGAUCCCCCGGGCAAACGAUUUCUCUGAUUUCACCUCUUACUUUGUACAGCAGAAUAUCAUUACUGGUUUUGGUGGAAUAAGAGAUGGGAUGGGGAAAUCCCCGUUGUCUGUUCAACGAUACUUACUCGACAUCAUACGCUAUAACGAUAACUCCAACAACAGUUUUUCGGAUAGUUUCCACUUAGCAAACUUGCUCCGGAGCCUAGGAAGCUGUUUGCAAGCAGGCUCGGGACAGCGUGGAAUGAUGGACAUGGAUGUCGAUGAAACCGACACUGAAGAAAGAGAAAAGAGUAAGGAGGAAAUAAUUCGCGAAAUUGAACGCCUUCAACGAAUGGACCAGUGGAUGUCAUCGUAUCACAAUGUAAUCUCGACAACAUGUCUCGAUGUCAAGAACCGAUUGAUCAAGGCAAAAGUUCAGGAGUAUACGCCACUAGAGUUCCUCGCUUAUUCAAAGGAAGGAACUUCAGAACAGUUGCGAAUCAAGGCGAUUAACUGUUUGGUUGAGAACGGGGCGGUCAGAGAUCCAAAUUUGUUAACCUACAUCUGCUAUAUCAUUGCUUCAGAUCCCUCAUCGAGGAUCCGCCGAGAGACCUUCGAGUCCUUGAUGCAUGGCAUUGGUAGUGUAGCGAUUGGGGACGAUGUCGGCGCAACCAGUGAGGCCGCUGUAUCGAACAGCCUAACUAUCGUCGAAGAGAACAGUGCAGCGAAGCGCCAACAAGAAGCGCGGCAAAGCGCCGAUGCAGCAAUCAGAAAUUUGAAGGAGCAGCUUGCAAAUAAGGCUUUCUUCAAAAAUGCUCUCGAGCCGAUCUUGAAGUCCACUGUAAUCAACUUCCUUGACGUGAGGAAGAUAAUCAGUCUCUGUUCUCUCUUGUAUAAUGACAUACAGUCCCACGUUGUCAAGGUUCCAAUGCGAAAAUCACGUGCGAUUGCUGUCACUCACGAAGGAAAGGGCAAAUUACGAUUCAUCACGAAUCCGAGUUCGAAAGAGCUUGCUAAAUUGCGCCCUAUCGAUUGGCCGCAUCUGAGACCCCAACCUAAUCCUCCCCCUCCCCCGCCUCCCCAGCCUCCGUCUGCGACUCCGCAACCAGCCGUUCCCAAGCUAGUUCUUAAACCGCCUAUUCUUCCGGGCUCUGCGAAACCUUCCCCUCCCCCCCCAAGGAACCCCUCCUUUUCACCCCCUCAACCUCAUCCGACUCCAAUGUCCGCCGUGUCUAGUAAUACCCCACAACCAAAAACCAUCCUCAAAUUGAAGGCACCCUCACAACCUCAACAAUCACCGGCCGCCCCCAAACCAAUCAUCAAACUUAAGUUCACGGCCAAAAGCGGAUCUUCUUAG